UGUGCUUCUGUGCAAGUGGUUCCUGUAAUUUCUGUGAGUGGGUUUUUAAGUGUGCACACAGUACUUGGGAUUGAGUUUAAGGCCCUGUGUGUGAUAGGCGGGUGCUCUGCCCUGGCUUGCAUCCCCCCAGCCCUGUAUGAGGGAGGUUAAGAGAAGAAAAUGCUGCAGAAGUUAGGCAAAGGAUUUUUUUUUAAGGUUGUGGGUUUUUCCCCUUAAUGAUAAUGGAAAAUGAGAAUCAUCAACACACUGUGAGUAAAAGAAUGGCAUAAUGAUUUUUUUGAUCCUUCUGAAGUAGCUAAACGUGCUCAAAGAAUAUAAGUGGCUGCACAUGGAACUGAGACAAAGAGAACAGAAUGAGUUAAAGAUCACCCACCAUUAAAAGGGGUGGGAUUGAUAUGACAAAAGGAAGUUGGGAGGAGAACCUCUCACCUAGCUUAGAAGUGUCCACCUACAGCAGCUUUGUAGAUUAUGGAAGAUAGAGAAAAAAGGAGGAAAAGCAGAAUUGUGUGUUGUGAUAUCAGUUGUUUUUGGGAAAGGGGUCAUAAAUUGAAGUUUUCAAUCUGUUUAAUUAUGUUUAUUCUGAGACACAGUACUCAAGGAGUAUACAAGGUAAAUGGCUCAGACUGGGAGUUGAUCCCCAAGGCAAUGCAUAUUUUAGAAGAGAAAGAACCACAAGUAAACUUUGGGAAGCAGCACCAUUUAAAACUUGGACAAAGGAAAAGAAAAUAAAGACUGGAAAGUGUUUAUUUAACAAUGAAAAUUUGUUAUAACUGCUAAGGGCAGAUAUUUCUGGUGUAGUCAACUUAAAUGUGAAAUACUGUAAUUCAUAGAUGUGAAUGUUUGAUCCUCAUAUCAAAAAAAAGUGAACGACAAAGGAAGUUUAACACUCUAUGAAAGUAAAAUAUUGUAUGUUUUAGAAAGAUGUGUCAUGAAGGGAAGCAGAGGAUGAUGAGAGAAAAGCUACUGGAGGAUUUUGUAGUUGUGAUUUUGUUGAGACACACACACACACACACACACACACACACACACACACACAGAAUGGGAAGAUAAGAUACUGGGGAAAAUCAAAAAGACAUGAAUGAGGACCGUGAUACCUUGAUGCUCUUGUUUCCUGGAGGCACAGCAAGUUUCUGAGUAAUAGUUUUGGCUGGAGGGGUUGGGAGAUGUGAAGCAGUAGACACCAAGGACCAAACAAAAUCCUAAGAGUUUCAUAGCAUUUGAGUACCAGGGUACAGCACAGAGGUCAGUGUUUGAAAGGAAGGCCCAUUCCCUAGCUAAGAGGUGUAACUGAAAAUGAGACUUUUUCUCUUUCUCUUUGCCAUUAAAUCUUAGAUCCUAUAAGACCAUUUUCUCUUUUAUCUCAUAGGCUGCUUUCAUUCACUCCCAUCAUUCCAGUUACUAUUAUAGCCAUACCCCAGGUCACAUCUCUGACCUCCAGACUCCUAAUCAGGCCAGUGGUAGUGGCGUCUACGUAGAACAAUGCUUCGCGGUGUUCUGGGGAAGACCUUCCGACUCCUUGGCUACACCAUUCAGUAUGGCUGCAUAGCCCACUGUACUUUUGAGUACAUUGGUGGGGUUGUGAUGUGUUCUGGACCAUCAAUGGAGCCUACUAUUCAAAAUUCAGAUAUCGUCUUUGCAGAAAAUCUCAGCCGACAUUUUUAUGGUAUCCAAAGAGGUGACGUUGUGAUUGCAAAAAGCCCGAGUGAUCCAAAAUCAAAUAUCUGUAAAAGAGUAAUUGGUUUGGAAGGAGACAAAAUCCUCACCACUAGUCCAUCAGAUUUCUUUAAAAGCCAUAGUUAUGUGCCCAGGGGUCAUGUCUGGUUAGAAGGUGACAAUCUACAGAACUCUACAGAUUCCAGGUACUAUGGACCCAUCCCUUACGGACUAAUAAGAGGACGCAUCUUCUUUAAGGGUGCACACCCUGGAGAUCCCUUUGGCAACAGUGAAGUCAGUUCAAGCAAAGCAGACCAGGCAGAGAUCUUGACAAGAAAAGUCAACUCUCACCCUGGCGACACAACAGCUGUGACACAGAACUGCACUGAAAGACAGUGACUCGUGGACACUCCCACGCCAUCUUCAUUUCCAGACAGUAAGUGAGGGAUUGCCGCACACACGGCUGCCAUGCACAGCACCUGCUGCCCUGCCAGAACCCACUGGGAUGCGGCGCAGCCAACGGCUGCUCCUGUGCAGCCUUCUCAAGUCUACUCAGAAAGUCACCUUUCCACUUGAUAAGCAUCCUUCUCUAUCUGGAUGCACCACAGCUUUAGAUUAGCUACCUACUCCUUGCUAAAAGAAUAGCAUAAAGCACAGACAUGGUACAUCACGGUAAACCAGGACACAAAGAGGCCAAUACCUCGCCAGAGGUCAAAGGUAAAAGGAAUACGCUGACAUUUGCAUUCUGCAGUUGUCUGAACAUCUGUAAUGGACACCUGUGCCCAUAACCCAAGACUCCAGCUUUACAAAUCAGUAUCUGACAUUCAGAAGCAAGUCAUACUGUGCAACCACGGACUCAGCUGGGCAAGAGUCCCAGGUGCUGGGCAGGAGCGGGUGCGCCUCUCCGCCGUGUGCUUCCCUCCCACUACGUUUUAAAGUCAGGACCAAGACCGACGACUGUUUUUACAUAGAAACAAGAAAAGGUGAAGAAAGGUCUUACAGGAAAAUGUGCACUCUUUGCAAAGAUGGGACUCAGCAACUUCUAAACCCAGCUGCCAGUGACGAGCCUGACAAAGGGCUGGGAAUGGGGUGGUAAGCGGGACGCCAGGUACAGGGGUGGCGAAGUGGGCAGCGGGGCAGCUAGGACCCUUUUUUGACAGGCAGACAGGUUGGGGGCAGGACCCCCCAGCCUCACACCAGGAGGAACACAAACAAAUCAAUGUUUAGUUUUUCUUUUUAAACAAUGAUCUCUGCCUGUCUACUACUGUGAUUAUAAUUAAAACCGUAAUUCUUUCCUAACUCA